AUGACAUCUCCACCACCCCUAUCCGGUAUUCGAGUACUUGAGCUUGCAGGUCUCGCACCAGGUCCCUUCGCAGGCCUCCUCCUAGCGGACUAUGGCGCCACAGUUCUCCGUCUGGAUCGAGCUACGCCCGAGACCCAUGGACCAAAUCCACCUCCACCAACUCGUGACCAACUUACCCGUCGCAAAUCAAGUAUCGCAGUAGACAUGCGAUCUCCCGGCGGACUCUCCUUCAUCAAAGCCUUAGUUCCUCAUGUAGAUAUUCUAAUCGACCCAUUUCGUCCCGGUGUCCUUGAAAAAGCCGGGUUAUGUCCCAAAACCGUGUUAACAGCUCUCAAUCCCCGUCUGAUCGUUGCUAGAAUGACCGGGUUCCGAAGAGAUGGGAAGUACGCACAGAUGGCUGGACAUGAUAUUAAUUAUAUUGCUGUUUCUGGGGUACUUAGUAUGCUUGGGAGGGAAGGUGAUAAACCUUACGCUCCUGGGAAUAUUCUGGGGGAUUUUGCGGGUGGUGGGGCUGUUUGUUUUAUGGGAAUAUUGUUGGCGUUGAUUGAGAGGGGGAGAACGGGGAGGGGACAGGUUGUUGAGGCUAAUAUGGUGGAUGGGAGUGCUUAUCUUGCUACCUUUCCGAGGUUGGGGAGGAAGAAUUGGAGUUGGGGCGGUGAGAGGGGACGGAAUGUGCUGGAUGGGGGGUGUCCUUAUUAUGAUACUUAUGAAACGAGGGAUGGAGGGUUUAUGGCAGUAGGAUCUUUGGAGCCGCAUUUUUUUGAUGCUUUACUAAAAGGUCUUGGGAUAACAAAGUCUGAUCUUCUAGGGCCUCGAGAGGAUCCGUCGACGUGGAAAGAAUUGAGAGAACUGUUUACAAAGCUGUUCAAGGAGAAGACUCGUGCGGAAUGGGAAACAAUAUUUGAUGGAACCGAUGCUUGUUGUACACCGGUUCUGACUCAAGGGGAACUUGAGGAGCAGGGGUAUGAUCAACGACCUCUUGUUACUCUGAGGGAUUCUCCAUCUUUGGCUAUUGUAUCCAAUGCAAAGGAGGAAAAGGAUGUGGGAAUUAGAGCUGCGAAGGGACAAGGCGAAGGAGUUGAAGGGGACGGAUGGAAUGAAGAUGGAUUGAGUCCUGGAGUUGGUGGAGAGGUGGUACUCGAGGAGUGGGUUGGUUGGAGGCGAGGAAAACAAUUUGAGGUUGAGCGUGGGGGACUGGUUUUUAAGGAGGGCUCGAAGCUGUAA